GUUCACGCAGUUUGCAUGCGCUUUAGAUUCGUACGAAACUGGUCGAUCCUGCUUCCCGGAACAGGUUUAUGCGAAUUCUUCUCUACUCAGUUAAGAUACAGUGCUUCCAAGAAGCGUCAGAGCAUCACUGGUAUCAUCAGAACUAUGACCCUCUUCGUCAGUGCGUUGAUGUUGGCCAGUAAAUCCAGAAGUACAUCUCAGUAGAUUAGAAGUGCGUUCGAGUGAUUGUUUGGCUAAAUGUGGAAGCUCCUACAUGGAACCGAGUGGAAAUGCAUUGUGUUGAUCUGGAUCGCGGCGGAGAUAAUUGCCCCUUCGGUGCAGCUGCAAAUGGAGUCAUUUUUCAGAGAUCGCCGGAAAGUAUGCAACUACUAUGAAUGGAAAUGUAACAGUGGCCAGUGCAUCGAAUCGCAUCAACUUUGUGACGGGGUGAUCGACUGUAAGGACAAAUCGGAUGAAACAUCGAAAGCGUGUGCCUUCAUUCGUUGUCCGAGCUACGCAUUCCGUUGCCAGUAUGGCGGUUGUGUCGACGGAAACGCCAUGUGUAACGGGGUUAAAGAUUGCUACGAUGGGUCGGAUGAACAUUUGCACUGUCCGGGGUACAGUGACACCUUGAUCACAACCGGAAACUGUUCAAGUAUGGAAUUUCAAUGUAAAUCCGGUCAAUGCAUUUCCACCGAUGAGGUUUGUGAUGGUCUGUCGAACUGCGAUGAUGACUCCGAUGAACAGCAGAAAAUUUGCGGGUUAACAUUCUGCCCUUCGUUUGCCUUCCGAUGCAGUUACGGUGCUUGCAUCGGAGGUUACUCCAGGUGUGAUGGAGUUAUUGACUGCCGAGAUGGUUCGGAUGAAGAUGAGCUACUUUGCGGUAGACCAGCUCCGACAACAACACCCAAAGCAGUCAGUAUGACAACGUCAACAUCGACAACAACGACUACAACUCAGUCACCGCUAGUGACGGGUUCACCGGGAUCAUGUUUGGUACCAAGUCAACCGCAGAACGGUCAUAUCGUCCUGGAUGAAACUGCCAAAGAUGUUCCCAUUAGCAGUGGCGAGUUCAUCGAAAACUACAACUCGGUGCAUGUGAUCUGCAAUGACAAAUACACGAUCAAAGGUGCAGCCACGAUCACGUGCCUAGAUGGAGAAUGGAUGGAACCAUUUCCGAUAUGUGAAAGAUACUGCUCGGAAAUCCCAAUCAAUGGCAUUACCGUUCAACCAACAUGUGAGUAUCAGCGUAAACAAAUUACCUGCAAACGGUCACUCCCUCCAACGACGAAGGUACGCAUCGACUGUAAAAUUGGAUAUCAAAAACCGGAAGGUCCAAUCAACGAGACUCUCACUUGCGUCGACGGAGUAUGGGACAGCUCGGUGUUUCGUUGUGAACCGAUUUGCGGAACGCCAACGCCGGACGCGGAGGCUUACAUAAUUGGAGGGAAAAACGUAUCGAUUGCCGAAGUUCCUUGGCAUACCGGAAUCUAUCGGAAUUUGGAAAACGAAACCAUAGAUGACCUGAAGUCGGAAAAUUGGCUGUACAUCUGCGGUGGCACAAUUCUUACCGAACGAUUGGUUAUAUCAGCGGCGCACUGUUUCUGGGAUGUUACGUCAUUCCACGACGUCAAAUCUUUCCUAAUAACAGCCGGAAAGUAUCGACGAGAAUUGAAUGCAGUCGAAAGUUUACCCGCCCAAGUGCUGCGCAUCCGAGAAAUUAUUACCCAACCACAGUAUCAGGAUUUUUCCGGAUACUACAAUCUGGACAUCGCCAUUGUCGUGUUGAACGACUUCGUAGUGUUCAAAUCGUAUGUUCGGCCCAUCUGUUUAGAGAGAAACCUAAGAACUGAAAGCGAGAAGCGCAUAAAACCUAACAGCAUCGGACGGGUAGCUGGUUGGGGACUGACGACGUCGGGUGGAGCAUUAAGUCCGGUCCUGAAGGUUGUCGAUAUUCCUACCGUAGACUAUUACACUUGUCGAGAUUUUUCGCCCGUUUCUUAUCGACCGUUUCUGACGGGAGACAAAUUUUGCGCUGGGGAACCUAAAACGGGUACCAGCGUUUGUCAGGGAGACAGUGGUGGAGGAUUUGCGCUAGGUAAGGAAAAUGCCUCCGAAACCGUGUUCUUCCUCUACGGUGUUGUGAGCUCGGCACCACGAUCCGCUACCGGAAGCUGUGAUAACAACAAGUACGUAGCGUUCACCGAGGUUCAGAACUACAUUCCCAUGAUUCUGGAUGCCGAGAGUCGAUUUCCAGUGAUAUAAUUUCAUGACGAAUAGGGACACUGUGAUCUGACCCCCCUCCGGUAAUAAAACAAAUAAACUGGUUUUGAUUUCGCUAUAA